AUGGCUUUUUCUCGCUACGUUGGCAUCCUAGCGCUUGUCGCAGGAUGCAUCCUACCUUCUGGUGUCCUAGCUCUCUGGCCCAUCCCAACUACUCUCGAGACCGGGAUGGCCGCCCUCAAAAUCUCCCCCGCAUUCUACUUUGACUUGCAGAUUGAAGGCCCGCCUACAGAUUUACGUGACGCGGUUGCGCAAUCACAAUACUAUCUCGAAAAUGACAAACUUGGACGUCUCAUCGUAGGCCGCGGCGCGAACGACACUACCGCGCUUGCUAGCGCGAAUACGCUUUCAAAGUUGACGCUGUCUCUCACGAGCGGGGCUACUGUAGAGCCCAUUUCGUCAGAAGCUGUGAAGCCCCUGGGCACCCGCAGCGAGGAGUACGCACUGACGAUUCCAGCAGACGGUUCGGCUGCUACUUUGACCGCGAACUCGACGUUGGGUCUGUACAGAGGACUCACCACUUUCAAUCAGCUUUUCUACUACUAUGGAGGAGUAAUAUACACUUUACUCGCACCGAUUGCUAUCACGGACACUCCUGCAUAUCCUUUCCGAGGAUUGGAACUGGACACCUCGAGGAACUACUACCCGGUUAGUGACAUUCUGCGAACUUUGGACGCGAUGAGCUGGGUCAAGAUCAAUACCCUCCACUGGCAUAUCACGGACAGCCAGAGUUUCCCGCUUGAAGUUGCACAAUACCCCGAGCUUGCUAUCAACGGUGCAUACUCUCCUCAAGAAGUUUACACAGAGAGUGAUGUCCAAUACAUCGUGCAAUAUGCUGCUGCAAGAGGUAUCGAUGUUAUGAUGGAAAUCGAUACGCCAGGGCACACUGCCAUCAUUGCGGCCACUUACCCCGAAUACGUUGCGUGCUUUGACGCUAGGCCAUGGACUGAGUUUGCCAACGAACCCCCUGCCGGCCAGCUUCGUUUUGCACUCCCCGAGGUCGUGAAUUUCGCUGCUUCGUUGCUCACCAAUGUCGCAAAGACCCUACCUUCGAACUACUUUAGCACCGGCGGUGAUGAACUGAACACGAACUGUUACACCAACGACUACCCCACACAGCAGCAGCUCAACAGCACCGGCAUGACGCUGAAUGGUGCUCUAGACGCAUUUACGCAGACUACUCACAACGCACUGAUUGCCGAGGGAAAAACACCGGUCGUAUGGGAAGAAAUGGUCCUCAACUGGAAUAUCACGCUCUCAAAUGAGACUAUCGUGAUGGUCUGGAUUUCUUCCGCAGAUGCUGCAGCAGUGGUAGAAAGGGGCUUCAGGAUUAUUCAAGCACCAUCAAAUUACUUCUACCUGGAUUGUGGUGCUGGUGAAUGGCUGGGAGAUGACCCAGCUGGAAACAGCUGGUGUGACCCCUUCAAGACGUGGUCUGAGGCUUAUACCUUUGAUCCGUUGGCAAAUUUGACCGAGGCGCAAUAUAGCCUUGUUCUCGGAGGCGAGCAACUUCUGUGGAGUGAGCAGUCUGGUCCCCAAAAUGUCGAUCCGAUCAUAUGGCCACGCGCUGCAUCAUCGGCAGAGAUUUUCUGGAGCGGCAAGCAGCCCACGGGCGCUGCACUGAACGUCACCGAGGCACUUCCUCGUUUGCAUGACGUCCGCUACAGGAUGGUACAGCGUGGCGUGAAUGCCAUCCCACUCCAGCCGCAUUGGUGUGCGCUCAGACCGGACUCAUGCGAUCUGAACGCUUGAGUUACAAAAACUUGCUGGGAACUUUCCUCGAUCUUGGGUCUUUUUCAGAAAUAGUCGGUAGAGACUUAUACAAAGUAUUCAUGAUGUACGCCUGGAACCCACUGCUUAGUACGCAGAUCUGGGCGGUAGUGGAAUCGUGCAUGAUUGUCUUAUCCUUAUGGAUAGCUUUUGGAACGAUUGAGCGCCGAAUAAAAAAUCAGAAAUUCCAGCGAAUUUAAAUGAUAGAAAGGUGGAGAAUAUUUCGUUUCAAGUGAGGACCGAUCUGGUAUGAUUCCCAUGCAGCCAGGCAGGCUUGACAAAAACUUAUGCAAGCUCCGCAAAGCCAACUCUGUAGCGUCCGACAUCAAAAACGGUGUACACGUUUCUCAUAAAAACGUCGCCAAUAAUCCACUGAAUUUGACCUGAAGGUAAGUCUUGAAGGUCAUGACCUGCGAUACCACCAAGACAGGUUUUUCCUGAUGAAUCAAUAGGACCCACAUUGAAAGUCUC